UUGCAUGCAUGGCCUCCUUCGUAAGUUACUUCAGCCAUGGAAAGGAACCAUGCAUGAUGCAGCUGGAGUGAAGUCAAAUGCCUGUAAAGCACUCCACCUCCAUUCCCUCCUCUCCAAAACCUGCGCUGAAGUCUGAACUGCCCGUAAAAACCAGCCCAUUUCCCUCCACAUUCCCUCUCCUCUGCCGCCAUUUCGCAUUGCAUUCCGUGCAUGCGGCCAUGCACGCCUAGCUAGCCAGCUCGCGCACGGCGUGAUCGAUGGCCCUGCUCACCUCCCUGCCGAGGCCCAGGAAGCAGAGGUGCCCCUCCCACACAAUGCUCUCCCUGUCUCCGUCCCUGCUCUCCUUCCUCCUGCUCCUCCCCUUCCUCUCCCUCCUCCUCCUCCACCGCUCCUCCUUCCCGGGCUCCUCCUGCUCCCCGGCCCUAGCGCACCUGGCGGGAACCGUCUCCCGCUCGUCGCGCCCGGGCUCGGGAGGAUUCACGGGCGACCUGCGCGACAUCGAGUUCUCGUGGAACCACCUGCCGUUCUCCGCGUCGAGGCCGCCCCUGGCCAAGCUCAAGAUCGCCGUGUUCUCCCGGAAGUGGCCCGUGGCCUCGGCGCCCGGCGGCAUGGAGCGGCACGCGCACACGCUGCACACGGCGCUCGCCGCGCGGGGCCACCGCGUCCACGUGUUCACCUCCCCGCCGCCGCACACCGAGGCCGCGCCCUCGCCCUCCGCCAUCGGGCCGCAGCUCCACUUCCUCGACGGCGAGCCGGGACAGUGGCGCUGCGACGAGGCGUGGAAGCUGUACGAGGCCGAGGGCGAGAACGACCCCUUCGACGUCAUCCACUCCGAGAGCGUCGCCGUGUUCCACCGCUGGGCGCGCGGGAUGGACAACCUGGUCGUGUCCUGGCACGGCAUCUCGCUGGAGGCUCUGCACUCGGGCAUAUACCAGGACCUCGCCCGCGGCGAGGAGGAGCCCAUGUCGCCGGCGUUGAACCAGACCCUGGGCCAGUCGGUGUACCGCGUGCUGUCCGAGGUGCGCUUCUUCCGCAGCUACGCGCACCAGGUGGCCAUCAGUGACUCCACGGGGGAGAUGCUGCGCGACGUGUACCAGAUCCCCUCCCGCCGCGUGCACGUCAUCCUCAACGGCGUGGACGAGGCGCAGUUCGAGCCGGACCCCGCACUCGGCCGCGCGUUCCGGGAGGAAGUCGGUGUCCCGAAAGGCGCCGACCUCGUGCUCGGCGUGUCGGGCCGACUGGUCAAGGACAAGGGCCACCCGCUGCUGUACGAGGCCUUCUCCAAGCUGGUGCUGCGCCACCCGAACGUGUACCUCCUCAUCGCCGGCAAGGGCCCCUGGGAGAACCGGUACCUGGACCUGGGCCGCAACGCCAAGGUGCUGGGCGCCGUGCCUCCCGGGAGGCUCAAGGCGUUCUACAACGCGCUGGACGUGUUCGUGGACCCGACGCUGCGGCCGCAGGGGCUGGACCUGACGCUGAUGGAGGCGAUGCAGUGCGGGAAGCCGGUGGUGGCGACGCGGUUCCCGAGCAUCAAGGGCAGCAUCGUGGUGGACGACGAGUUCGGCUACAUGUUCGCGCCCAACGUGGAGUCGCUGCUGGAGAGGCUGGAGGCCGUGGUGGCGGAGGGCGCGCGCCGCGCAGUGCAGCGGGGGCGCGCGUGCCGGGAGUACGCCAAGUCCAUGUUCGCGGCCACCAAGAUGGCGCUGGCGUACGAGAGGCUCUUCCUGUGCGUCAAGAACGAGACCUUCUGCGGCUACCCCGCCGAGUUAGAUUAGUUUUCCUCAUCACUGUCCAUGCGUUUUCCUAAUAAUCAUGAAAUGCUAUACGGUGCUUUCUCUCGUUUUUGCAUUGAACUCCCAGCUAUAGAUAUUUGGAGAUGAUUUCUUAUGAAUAUAAA